UCAGCUUCAGGGACCGCGGUGACAUUCUGCUCGGCGCCGCGGGCAGGCCAGAGCCUCGGGUGAGAAAGACAGGGCACAGUGCAGAAGCCAUCGCCCCCUGCAGAGCCGCCAGCGCAUCUGGAUGGAAGGAGCCGCGACCCCAGACGCAGGCUCGAUGGAGCCAUUCGCCCUCCCGGGCCUGCUCUUCACCACCACCCUGCUGCUCCUGGCCCUGCGCCUCCUCACCCAGCGCACCAGGCGACCUGGUGAACCUCCCCUGAUAAAAGGUUGGCUUCCUUAUCUCGGCAUUACUCUGAAGCUCCAAAAGGACCCAUUAGCUUUCCUAAGGACUCUCCAAAGGAAAUACGGCGACACUUUCACUGUUCUGAUUUCAGGGAAGUAUAUAACGUUUGUUCUGAACCCCUUCCACUACCAUCUCAUAAGGAAAAACCCCAAACAAUUCAGCUUUCAGGAGUUCAGCAAACAGUUAUCAUCGAAAGCCUUCUCCAUCAAGAAGCUGAAAACUGAUGAUGACCUUAAUGAAGACAUUCACAGAGCCUACCUGUUUCUACAAGGCAAAGCUUUGGACAGUCUCCUAGAAAGCCUAACCCAACAACUGAAAGAAAUCGUUGAGCCCCAACUACUAAAAACCACAGAGUGGAAUACAUCAAGACUGUUUCCAUUCAUUAGCUCACUGGUAUUUGAGACCACAUUUACGACUAUCUAUGGAAAACUUCUUGCUGGUAACAGGAAGAAAAUUAUCAGUGAGUUAAGAGAUGACUUUCUAAAAUUCGAUGACACAUUUCCAUACUUAAUAUCCGAUAUACCCAUUCAGCUUCUAAGACAUGUGAAAUCUAUGCAGGAGAAACUUAUAAGAUGCCUCAUGUCCGAAAAACUAGAUCAGAUGCAUGGAUGCUCAGAAAUUGUUCAGGAAAGGAAAGAGAUUCUGGAAAAACACUAUGGGCGUGAAGACUUAGAAAUAGGAGCCCAUCAUCUUGGCUUUCUCUGGGCCUCUAUGGCAAACACCAUUCCAGCUGUGUACUGGGCAGUGUAUUAUCUUCUUCGGCACCCAGAAGCUGUGGAAGCGCUGCGUGACGAAAUUGACAGCUUCGUGCAGUCAACAGGUCAAAAGAAAGGGCCUGGACUUUCCAUCCACUUCACCAGAGAACAAUUGGACAGCUUGGUCUGCCUGGACAGCACGGUCCUUGAGGUUCUGCGGCUGUGCUCACACUCCACCAUCAUCCGGAAAGUUGAAGAGGAUAUGAAUUUCAACUUAGAGACCAGCAACUACUGUCUACGAAAGGGAGACUUUGUGGCUAUCUUUCCUCCCAUCCUGCACAUGGACCCAGAAGUCUUUGAGGCUCCAGAGGAAUUUAGAUUUGAUCGAUUCCUAGAAGACGGCAAGAAGAAAACAACGUUUCUCAAGGAAGGGAAAAAGCUGAAGUAUUACAUUAUGCCAUUUGGAUUUGGAGCCAGCAAAUGUCCAGGCCGAUAUUUUGCAAUUAUUGAAAUGAAGCUAGUAUUAGCUAUACUUUUAACUUAUUUUGAUUUAGAAAUAAUUGGCAAGGAGCCUGUAGGACAAAACCACAGUCGUUUGUUGUUCGGUAUUCAGCAACCUGAUUCUGAUGUCUCAUUCAGGUACAAGGCAAAAUCUUGGAAAAGCUGAAAAGAUGGCAGAGAAACUUGUCAGAGUGAGGCUACGUACGCUGAGCUCUGUGGUUUGUUGUACGCCUGCAAAUGCGACAGCUAUGCUUCUUUGUUUGAAAAUGGCAAAUUUACAUUUGAUCUGAGAUUGAUUCAGUUUGUUCUUGGUCACAAAGCCUAUCAUAAGUUAAAGCAAGGCGGUGACCUAAACACUGUCAGGGCAGUCAUUUCAGGGUUAAGUUCGAAGUAACAAUUUCCACUUGUACUUACUGUGCUUUGUAUCAUUGGUUGUGAAUGUGCUCUUCCAGUAAUAAAUUUGGCCCUGAGUGAUUUUUUUAAGUUACUGAAAUCCUCUAAUAAGAUUUUAUGUACUGCUGGAAAAGUGUGUCUUUGGACAGCCAAACAACUUCCAAAUUCUCAGAAGAGAGGAAAAUUAAUUCCCAGGAGUUAUACUGUAUGAAAUGUUCCCUUCAAGUGGAGUAUCAAUAAUGUCUAUAUUACCAGCGUACCUUUGCAUUAAAUGAGUGUUACAAUAGAUUAAAUGUUCCCACUUCCCUUCAAUAUUUAACUGCCCAUAAAUGAUUUUUAUAACUUGUGUAUUCUGCAUUUCAAUAGAACAAAAAACCUUUCAUGUUCAAGUUAAAUACUGCUAAAAUUUCAUAUAUAAGAAAACACAAAACCUAUUAUUAUAUAUUCAGCAAUUGCUCUAGACAUUAGUAUUAGAUUUAUUUUAGAGGGAAAUGUUGAAGUCAUUAUGGCAUUGAUGGUAGUAUUGGUCUUUAGUAUAAACUGUGUUAUUCUAAUUGUAAUGCACUCUUUAAUAAAUGUUCCAAUUUAUAUAAACUGGGAAUUAGGUAUUAUUAUACUUAUUCACAACCUUUUGGUCUUAGAGGUUAGUUGUAUUAUUUUGGACUAUCACACUAAACUAUAAUAAGUAAUUUCAUAUGAUAUAAUACAGCCUGUAUCAAUAAUUAAAAGAUUUCUACUAUAAAAUUUCCCAGUGAUUGACAUUUGGCAUAAAUGGAGACACGGCAUGCAAACUCACAGGGCAAAUAAUUAAGCCAGAUUAAUUCAUGCUGCAUUAAUUAGAAAUUCUAAUGCUUUGGAAAUUUUAUAUUGUUGUUAGCAAGGAAAUUGAUUUAAAAUAGCACUCUAAAAUGCUUAUCGUACUAGGUAAAUACAAGGUAGCAUUUUUUUUUCUCCCUUCUGGAGCAUAUGUUCAUUGAAUGCUCCUUGCAUGAAAGUCUACUGACAUGAAUUCUGUUUUUGCUUGAUUAAAGUGGUCUUUAUUCCCAAUCUCCUUCCUUUUAAAAAUUGCAAAAUGACCAUUUAUAAUUAUAUAAAUUCACAGAAUACAAAAUAAGGUUAUGGUUUAUGAAAAUGAUGUGGAAUGAUUAGACCAAUCCAAAUGAUUAAAUCAACCCAGAUACUUAUGCAACUUUUAACACAGAGUGCUCUAUUAUUAACUAUAUUCACAAGGCGAUGUACUAAAACUCUUCCCACCCACCCCCCACUGCAAAAGACUGUAAUUCUCCUGGAUGGGAUGUUUUUACUUUUUGAUCAUUUCUCCUACACUUUCCUAGCCUUCUACAAUCAUUAUUUCACUCUGUACUUUGAUAAGUUUGAUUAUUUUGAAUUUCAUAUGUUCUAAUAUUUUUCCUUGCUAUGACAAGAAGAUUGUGACAAGAACAGUUACUUGGGGAGAAAAGAAUUUAUCAGAGGUUACACAUCCAAAUCAUAAUCUAUUGUUGAGGGAAAUCAAGGACUGAACUCAAGGCAGGAACCUGAUACAGAGAAAUGCUGCAUACUGGCUUGCUCACUGGCUCAUUCCUAACUAGCUUUUUAUUAACCACACCUACCAGCCCAGAAAAUGGUACUGCCCACAGUAUCUUCACCCUGCUACAUUAAUCAUGAAGGCUGUCUUUCACUGGCAUGGCCAUGGGCAUCUGAUGAAGGCAAUUCUUCAGUUGAGGUUCUCUCUUCCUACAUACUCUAGAUUGAACCAAGAUGACAUUAAAACUAAUACAUGAGGUAGAGUCCAUAGUAUUCGUCUGUCUCUGGUUGCUUUUACUUCGUAUCCUCUAAAUCUGUCUAUGUUUAAUCAAAUAACAGUAUUUUUUUCAAGACUAAGCAAUAUUCCAUCAUGUGUCUUUAUUCAAAUGCUGUCUCUAAUCACCCCUACCUCCUCUAUACAAUUUCAUGACACCCUUCAUUCUCCUGGAAACAAAGGACACAUGUGUUGUCCCAUCCCCAGGCCAAUCUGACCCUCUUCCUUCUUGAGAGUCUCUCUGGUUGAAUUUUGAGCCACGAACAUCAUGUCACCUUUCAAAUUUUCCAUCUCACGAAUUUUCUUAGUUCAGUGAUUGCAUUUUUUGGUUGGUAACUCAUUGUUCUUCAUGUAUAUUUUCUUCAUGGCCAUAUUUUACAAAAAUCUUGUUCCUUUAAUGCAUUUCACUAUCCCUGUAACUACAGUCAGCAUGGUUUAUAUUCUGCACCUGGCUUGUCCAGCCCUCUCCUGUUUUAUGUGUCUGAUUUUGUAAUUUCCCCUUCCCAUCAGUGCUUCCAAUAGUUUAACUACUGAGUUCGUAUGUGUUCCUUGGAAUUUUACUUCUGGAAAAUGUUUCUGAUCUGGGUUUAAUGUUCAUUCCUCAAAGUAUAAACUGUGCUUGGUUUUAUCUUA